AUGAAUAUAGGUGAAACUGCUAUUAGUUUGGAAGAGUAUGUUCAACAUAAAGUCGCAGAACGAGAAAUUACCAUUCUUAAACAACAAAAUGAACGAUUAAAAAAAGAAAAUGAUGAAAUAAAAGAAACUAUUGAUUCGUAUCAAAAAGCAAUUAACAAUAAAACAACAGAAAUACAACGAAUUGUUACUGAUUCAAUGAAAUAUGAAAGUGAUAUUGAAAUAGCAAAAUUAAAGUAUGAAGCAUUGGAACAAAAAAUAGAAAAUAAACAACGAACACUUAUUUCCAAAAAGGAAAUUAAUAAAAAACCUCCCAAACAAUUUAAAUUCAUUACACCAAAUGUUUAUAAAAAAAAGGCUAUUAAACAAAAACCUGUAAAAAGAGUUUAUAGAAAAAGAGAGAAAGGAAAUAAAAUAAAAAGUAAGUCUUCAAUACUAGAAAAUACUACCACCCUUCUUAACGAUGAACCUUCAACAACUGAAUUAACAUCAAGUAUUGAUAAUCAAAAUAGUCAAACAACUGAUAGUAUUUCAUCAAAUGUUCCAUAUAAAACAGAUAUUGAUGGAAAUGUUUCUGUUCGUAUGAGAGAUAUUUGGGAUGACCCAUCUGUUAAUGAUCUUGUUGUAAAUUAUAUAAUGAUUUUUACUAUUGUUGCAAGUAAAUUAAGUUCUCCUCCAUUUGAACUUUUUAAUGAUUGUCCUUGUUUUACUGCUCGAGACAUUUAUUUAGAAUUUUGUUCAAUUAAAGGGAUAUCGUAUGUUUCUGUUGAUGAACCUCUAAAAGAGAAGUUGAUAGCUAUCAAUGUAGAUAUUUUUUGUAGAUGUAUAAGGUUAAUAGAAACAAUUCAAAAAGCGAGUUGUCGUUUAUGUGUGAUUGAAUCUCCAUUACGAAUUGUGUUUCUUAAAUAA